AUGAAGAUUUACAACGUUUGCAUUCUACUUGGCCUGGUGAUGGCAGCUCACUCAGGUCCCACAAUACUACCCUCUGACAAAGAACAAGACGAAAACAUGGCCGAGAAUUACCUGAAGCAAUUCUACGGCAUGAAAGAAGACACUGGUCCCACUGGAAGGCGUGCUGUAAACCAGCUGAGUCUGAAACUCAGUGAGAUGCAGAAGUUUUUCGGACUCGAGGUGACAGGUAAUUUGGACUCGGAGACUCUGGAGAUGAUGAGAAAGCCCCGGUGUGGAGUUCCAGACAUGGCCGAUUUCUCCACCUUUCCAGGACGUCCGAAGUGGUCCACAAACAAGCUGACCUACAGGAUCGAGAACUACACCCCUGAUAUGUCAGUGGCCGAGGUGGACAACGCGAUCGCUAAAGCGCUGAAGGUCUGGGCUGAUGUCACUCCACUGAGGUUCACACGCAUUUACAGCGGCGUCGCCGACAUCAUGAUCUCCUUCAGCCGCAGAGCCCAUGGUGAUUCCUCUCCUUUUGACGGCCCUGGAGGGACGCUGGCCCAUGCAUAUGCCCCGUCCCGUGGGAUCGGUGGAGAUGCUCACUUUGACGAAGAUGAGAGGUUCACCGCCCGCUCAACUAAUGGCAUCGUCCUGUUCUUGGUUGCUGCCCAUGAGUUUGGUCACUCGUUGGGUCUGGGCCAUUCCAAUGUCCGUGGUGCUCUGAUGUUCCCCACAUACAGCUACAGAGAUCCUGACAGAUUCUCUCUGCCUCAAGAUGACAUCAGAGGGAUCCAGUCUCUCUACGGCCCUAACCCAGACGGUGACAUUAACCCAGACAAACCGGAUCCUACUCGCCCCACUACCCCUGACGCCUGCGACCCCCAGCUGGCUCUGGACGCAGUCACCACUCUGCGAGGAGAGACCUGGUUCUUCAAGGAUAGCUACAUGUGGCGCAGCACCUCUUGGAGCAGGAAGCCACGCCAGCAUCCCAUCAAGACCUUCUGGGCCAGCGCUCCAAGCAGCAUUGAUGCAGCUUAUGAGAGCCCAGUGUCAGGCAAUGUGCUUGUCUUUAAAGGUGAAAAGAUUUGGGCUUUUUAUGGCACUUAUGCUGUGAAUGGGUACCCCAAGAGUCUUAGCAGUAUGGGUCUACCAUCGUCUGUGAAGAGGAUCAGUGCGGCUCUCUACGAUCAAGGCUCCGGAAAGACAUUGCUUUUUGAUAACAACUAUUACUACAGUUACGAUGAGAGAAACAAGAGAAUGGACCGAGGUUAUCCCAGACGCGUGCAAGACAGAUUUCCAGGAAUAACUGGAAAGGUUACAGCAGCCGUUCAGUUAAGAGGUAACACCUAUCUGUUCAGUGGAGCACAGGUGUUUGAGUUUAGGGGCCAGAGACUUCUCCGUGUGCAUAAGACAAGUCAUCUCCUGCCUUGCUAA